CUAUGAUAAAUCCUAGAAGAUAAAUCCUAGAUGAUUUCUGCUUUACAUAGGUGUGGGUCCAUGUGACCACUGUGAAUGUACAGGACUCUUCAAAUUCAAAUUCUCAUUUUCUAGAGGAAGUAGAUCUUAGAUGAUUUAUCAGAGAUGACAUAUCGUAGAUAAAUGAUAAUAGUUGAUACAUUCUCGGACCCUUGGGAUGGGAUAUGCGGGAGCUCUGUGAUUCUGGGAGGUGAACAUGUUCCUGGUUUCUCCUGAGGUGAACAUGUUCCUGGUUUCUCCUGAGGUGAACAUGUUCCUGGUUUCUCCUGAGGUGAACAUGUUCCUGGUUUCUCCUGAGGUGAACAUGUUCCUGGUUUCUCCUGAGGUGAACAUGUUCCUGGUUUCUCCUGAGGUGAACAUGUUCCUGGUUUCUCCUGAGGUGAACAUGUUCCUGGUUUCUCCUGAGGUGAACAUGUUCCUGGUUUCUCCUGAGGUGAACAUGUUCCUGGUUUCUCCUGAGGUGAACAUGUUCCUGGUUUCUCCUGAGGUGAACAUGUUCCUGGCUUCUCCUGAGGUGAACAUGUUCCUGGUUUCUCCUGAGGUGAACAUGUUCCUGGUUUCUCCUGAGGUGAACAUGUUCCUGGUUUCUCCUGAGGUGAACAUGUUCCUGGUUUCUCCUGAGGUGAACAUGUUCCUGGUUUCUCCUGAGGUGAACAUGUUCCUGGUUUCUCCUGAGGUGAACAUGUUCCUGGUUUCUCCUGAGGUGAACAUGUUCCUGGUUUCUCCUGAGGUGAACAUGUUCCUGGUUUCUCCUGAGGUGAACAUGUUCCUGGUUUCUCCUGAGGUGAACAUAUUCCUGGUUUCUCCUGAGGUGAACAUGUUCCUGGUUUCUCCUGAAGUGAACAUGUUCCUGGUUUCUCCUGAGGUGAACAUGUUCCUGGUUCCUCCUUCCUCAGAGACAUACCUCUACGCCUGCCUGGUGGACUUCUUCAACAGAACCGCCAGAUUCAAGAACCAUGAGAAAGGGUACCAGCACGGGGAUCUGUACAUGUCCUACAGAAGCAUGUUCCAAGACGUCCGUGACGCCAUGGACUUCAUCCACAACACGGGUAUUCUGAAAGAGAGGACUGUGACGGAUUUAGAAAAAUACGUUAUCAAAAAUCCUGACCUUACUGUUUUGCUGAGUCGCCUCAGAGAAGUGGCUAAAGUCUUCCUGGCGACCAACAGUGAUUACAACUACACCGAGGCCAUUAUGAAGUACCUGUUUGAAGAUCCCCAAGAUGACGCCAAGUCGGGCAAACCAAAAAAGUCGUGGCAGUCCUACUUCGACCUUAUCGUCGUGGACACCAGGAAACCCCUGUUCUUUGCGGGCGGGACAGAGCUGAGACAAGUAAACACGAACACAGGAAAUCUGCGUAUUGGGACUUACACUGGAGACCUUCAACAUGGCACCAUCUACUCAGGGGGCUCCUCCGACAUUGUGUGCGACCUGCUGAAUGUGAAGGGUAAGGACAUCCUGUAUGUAGGGGACCACAUCUUCGGGGACAUCCUGAAGUCCAAGAAGCGCCAGGGAUGGAAGACCUUUCUGGUCGUUCCGGAACUUGCCAAGGAGCUGGAGAUUAGGGCUGAGAAGAGCAGUCUUUUUGAGGAGUUGAAAUAUCUUGAUGUCUUGCUGACUGACCUUUACAAGCAACUGGACAGUGGAAGUCGGGAGUGUCCUGACAUCUUGGCCAUUAAGACCAGGAUUAAGGUGGUGACCUACAGGCUGGAUAUGUCCUACAGCCAGACUGGCAGCUUGUUGAGAAGUGGCUCCAGUCAGACCCUGUUUGCCAGCCAGCUCAUGCGCUACGCAGACCUGUACGCUACUUCCUGUAUCAACCUGCUCCACUACCGCUACAACUACCUGUUCAGGGCCCCUCCUCUCCUGAUGCCUCACGAGUCGAUGGUGGAGCAGCCAAGACCGUCUGAGCUUCCCUUGCCAGGGUUAAAUUUUUUGAAGCCUCAUCGGAUAACUGAAGCAAAGAGGACAAAUGUGCAGGACAACAGUGUAGAAUGAGACACGAGAGUGGAAUUCGAUUUUUUUGUAUGUUUCUUCCUCCAGCAUAAAUGUGUCUCGCAGAUACAUUUGACUCAGUCAGUCGCCUUAGGAAUUGCGCCAUCUGCUGGACAAGAAUUGCCAAACAUUCUAAUUGGGGAUCUCACAAUUUAUCAAUGAACAAUGUGUUUGUUUUUUUAUUCUAGGGGGUGGUGAAUUUAUCGUUUAAAUCAUACAUAGAUAAGGAUAGUUCCAAGAUUACUGUAUAUAUUAACGUGUGUCUUAAUAAGUUAUAUUUGUGUUAUCAGUUUACUAUGGAAGCUACCUAUGCAUAUUGUCUGUUGCACGCUUAAACGUAUUUUUAUGAAAUAUAAUUACAAGAACAUUUACAGCUAAAUACUCCAGAAUUAAUGUUGUUCAUAAUGAUAAUGGAUAAUGAAUAAUCAUUCAUCAGUCAUUAAAUGUAUGGCACAUUAGCCCACACAGAACAUCGCUGUCAUUUUUGGAAGAGUUUGUUUAUAGUUAAUAUGUUGUUUGUUGUUUAUAUCCAAUUUUAU